ACUCGUCCAUUCCCUUCAAAGAGUCAUGCGUAGGGAGUAGAGAAAGGAGAAAGGGGGGCUUUUGCAUCUGCCGCUCGUUCGGACCUUUACACAACGGUUGAACAGCCGGAUUUCGAAGGGGGGCUGGGUGAUAACCGGACCUCCCUCACGUAGGGUCCCUUCUUCAACAACGGUCGUGAAAAUGAAACGGUUGGUAGUAUGCGACGAUCAACGUUAGUCAUCGGUCGUGUUCAUUGACGGUUCACUGUGGUAUACAGUUAAUAAUGAGGAUGCCGUAUUUCUAGUAACAAAAAGGAAGCGAAAAAGGUGUUCUCUCUUUUUUACGAGCAAAAAUUUAUCAAAAAUAUUUUACACUGCACAAAGAAAGCGUUAGUGUGCCUGCAAGCGCGAAAAAACUUCUCCACAGGGCUAGAUAACGAAGCUGAUAUAAGGGAUAGCUGAUCCAAAGUUAAGGGACAAACUUGUAGGAGUACACGGUUUUACUAGAAAGCAGAAGCGCGUAAGUAAUGCGAGAUGGACGAGGACUGAUCACAAUGAAGAGAUAUUCAUCGGCACCUUGUUUAGAAGACGUUGGCAAUAACGCUAAAAAAAUAAAAGGAAUUGAACAAUAUGCGGCUCCAAGUACAAGGGAAUAUCUUCAGUUGGCUUUAUCUAGAGUCUUAGAAUUACAACGAGAGAUCAAGGAAGGCACAUACGCAGAAACCGAUAAUGGUAGUGAUCUGGACGCUACAGGCAGUGAGGAAGAUUUAACGAAGGAAAUUCUUACUAAAGUAUUUCAAGAUCUACCCGGGACACCCAAUUCUCUCACUAAAAUAAUCGACAGAGAAACGCGCUGGAGAAAUCACCAUGUGGAUGCCAUUCAUAGUAAAAGGAUACAAUUACUAGGUUUCGAUACUUGUCGGAGAAUGGUCCUUGAAUUCAUGAAGACCAUCAUGCAGGACUCACGAAGUAAAUCUUCCUCAUUAAAUACGAUCGAAUCCAACAAUUUUCAACAAAACGAAUCGUUGCAUACGAAAGAUGGAAUUCUACUGAAUGAUUUUCACAAACGGGCAACGAACGCGCAAGAAAUUCGAGCGAGAAUGUUCAGAAGUUUGGAUUUGCAUUUGGCUGCUAAACAAAGAGACUAUACGUUCAAAUUAAUGAGAUCGGAUAUUUAGUACUGCAUAUGACAUUUUCAAGUGGAAAUGAAUUGAGCAUGGAAAAUCUUCGAAUUUAAUAUAUUCUUCGAUAUAAUGAGUGUUCAGGGUGUGUGCUCGUAUAAUAGAUCUCUCUCUCAUCUCUUAUUAAAAUGAUAUUGAUAUUUCGUUCAUUUCUGAUUAUAGGCAUGGUUCUCUUUUAAAAACAUUUUUUAGAAAUAUUAUCUUAUUAAUUUGAAAUUUGUAAUUUCAAAGAUCCUCAAUGAAAUCAAUAUUUUGCUUUUAAGCAAAUAGCCGAUCUCAGUUCUUGCAGCAUUUAUGAAAACCUAUCUAGUCACACAUGUGAAAUUUUCUAGUCAUAAUUUGUAUGAUUAUUCUGCAAAUUAUUUAAUUAUUUUAUACAUAUACAUAUAUUCAUAUAUUUAUAUCUAUAUAUUGACAGUACUGUUUUUUAUACAGGAUAGUUAU